AUGCACUGGUACCCGGGGGUAUACUCGCGCAAUGCACUAGUCCUAGUACUACUAGUGCAGCUGACCUUGCAUAUUCACACUCAGAGGACCCGGAAGACAUACACGAAGCUUGCGCAGUCAGAACCACCACCGAUAUCCGAAGCUCUUCAAGCUCCAGAGAGCGAAAACGUGACAACGCUCGCACAGCACAUCAAGAAACAUGGCGGCGCUUCGAUCAUCGUGUUCAACCUUGUGCGUUCUGCGUCAACGUUGGCGUUACUAUGCAUGUCCGUAUACAGCGCAAUCAAAGUCCCGGACCAUUCUACAACUCCGGGACCUCGGAGCUUCGAGAUUGUCUUCCACGUCAGCACCUGCAUAACCUACUUGUAUGCAUCAGCCCUCAGUGUUGUCCCCCUUCUUGUAGGUCCGAUCCUUAGCACGACCAUCGUUCGCCACCUCAAUUGUAUCUUGUUCACGGCAUGGUCGGCCUAUGCGUAUCGUGACCUCUGGCCCUUGGCGACCUUCACACUCGUACCCAUGGAUCUCGAGGAAGGCGCGCUGCUAUGGGCCAAGCUAUCCCUGCUGACCGUCAGCGGUAUCUUCGUGCCUAUCCUUAUUCCCCGAUGGUACAUCCCCUUCGAUCCAGAGAACCCAUGGCCUGUCCCGUCCCCGGAGCAAACCAGUUCCAUCAUGUCGUUCCUACUGUACACCUGGCUCGAACCGACUGUCAGGCUUGGAUCGCGCGUCAAACACCUCACUAUCGACAUGCUGCCUCCUCUGGCCGACUACGAUGAAGCGCAGAAUCUGAUGAAGCGCAGUGCCGAUGAACUCGACCCACUAAGAGUCAAGAAGAAGGGCAGGCAUCUGAUGUGGGGUAUUCUGCGUGUCUUUCGUACGUUCAAAUUCUCCGCUCGCUAUCCGAUACAUCUUAUUGUGAGUACAAUAUCUUCACUUCAUUUCCUGUUGCAAUCAUGUUGGCUCAGGUACAUCGAGACGGACGGCGUCGGCGCGAUAAUCCGGCCCUGCUUCUGGAUCACGAUGCUACUCGUUGGAGAUAUAGGCGACUACGUCUUAGGAUCCAUCUACAUCUACAUCUCCUCGAGGCUUCUGACCCGAGUCGAGGCGAUCAUCACACAGCUCGUCUUCGAGCACGCCCUGCGUAUGCGCAUGAAAGCAGACAUCUCGGACGAUGUCGGAAACAGCGAAGGCAACAUCACUGCUUCUGGGACGCUCGACACGGCAUACGAUUCGGAGUCCAGUGCCACCGCUGCCCAAGAGAUCGGUAGCGACAACGACAGUGAUUCGUCAGCGGGCAAGGGCAAGCAGAAGUCCACUACGGCGCAGACUAUGCCUUUGCCCGGACACAGUGAGAAUACAAACAAGGCCGGAGUCCAGGCGAAGGUGAAGCGUCGGGACGACGACACUGAGGGAAAGAACGUUGUCGGGAAGAUCAACAACCUCAUCUCGUCCGACCUCGCCUCCCUCAGCUUGGGAAGGGAGUUCUUGGCUAUCCUCGUUAGGUUUCCUGUCAAGCUUAUUUUCAGUAUAUGGUUCUUGUAUGCUGUUCUGGGCUGGAGUGCAUUUGUCGGACUUGCCUCUAUCAUCGUCUUGUACCCGAUCCCCGGUAUGCUUGCAACAGUAGUCCGCGACACCCAGAUAGCGAAGAUGAAGAAGACCGACGCCCGCGUGCAGACCGCGACAGAUACUAUGAGCGUCAUUCGCAUGAUCAAGCUGUUCGGCUGGGAAUCCCGGGUAGCCGCGAAAAUUGGGGAUAAACGUGAGGAGGAGCUUCAGUCCGUGAAGAAGAAUCGGGUCGUCGACCUUGUCAACAACAACUUGACUCACAUCAUCCCUCUGUUAACCAUGGCGGUGACCUACGCGACAUACGUGAGUUUGCUUGGUCAACUAUAUGACACUCAUCCAUGUGCAGUAUUUGACUCCCUCCGCCAUUUGAUGCACAUGGUCUUCGAUUACGUGCCUAUGUUGAUUCGAGCCAAGGUAUCGCUGGAUCGAGUCGAUGACUUCUUGCAGGAGGCAGAGCUCCUCGAUCAGUACUCUGAGCAGUCUGAUGAGUCCCAUACGCACAUCGUCACCCAGCACGAGGAGGACGUGAUUGGCUUCCGCAACGCUUCAUUCACCUGGACAAAAGAAGCCAGCAGUGUUCUAUCAACUCCCGGAAGCGGGAAAAGGAACUUCACCCUGCGCAUCGACGACCUGGUCUUCAAGAGCGGAAGGAUCAACCUCAUCGUCGGCCCCACUGGCUCAGGCAAGACUUCAUUGUUGAUGGCUCUGCUGGGCGAGAUGCACUACAUACCGACGAGCCCCGAAUCAUUCUACAAUCUCCCUCGAACUCGUGGAAUUGCUUACGCUGCGCAGGAGUCAUGGGUUCAGAAUGAAACCAUAAGGGACAACAUCCUCUUUGGCGCAUCAUUCAAUGAGGAACGCUAUCAUAAAGUCAUUGAGCAAUGCGCUUUGAAACGCGACCUCGAAAUGUUUGCUGCGAGUGACAAGACGGAAGUAGGCGAGAGGGGCAUCACGCUCAGUGGCGGUCAGAAGGCACGUAUAACGCUCGCGCGCGCUAUAUACUCGGAGGCGCAGACGUUAUUGUUGGACGAUGUACUCGCUGCGCUAGACGUUCACACAUCACGAUGGAUCGUCGAGAAAUGCCUCAAAGGUGAUCUUGUGUGCGGCCGGACAGUGCUACUCGUUACACACAACAUCUUGUUGGCCAGUCCAAUCGCCGAUUUCGUUGUUGCCCUCGGCGCGAACGGCACCAUAUCUAGUCAGGGUUUGAUCGCAAACGCCCUCGAGCAUGACAAGGCGUUGGCUACCGAGGUUGCCAAAGAAGAGGCAGAAAUAGAGAAAGCAGAAGCUACCGUCGAUGAGCAAGUUCCGGAAGAGGCGACAGAGGACGGCAAACUUGUGGUCGAAGAAGAGGUCACAGUCGGGCAUGUUGGUUGGCAAGCGAUGAGACUCUAUAUCAGCAGGCUUGGAGGGAACCACCAAGUCUUCUUCUGGUCAAGUUUUAUUGGCGGCCUACUCCUUUCCAGUCUUUUGACCAUUCUCGAGACUUGGUUCUUGGGAUUCUGGGCUAGGCAAUACGAAGAAAUGCCUGCGUCGCAAGUUAUAGCACCAUACUUUAUUGGCGGUUAUGGGUUGAUCAUGAUCACAGCGAUUCUCUCCUACAUGGCAGCCUUCUAUGUCUAUAUGUACGGGUCACUGAGAGCAUCGAGGGUUAUGCAUAACGAGCUCAUUUCUUCCCUACUGGCCGCAACCUUGAGGUGA